AUGUAAAAUGCAAAUUAUACUUUAGAUAAAUGUGUAUUUUAAUUUUGCUGAUUAUUAGAUAAAGAGCAAUUAUAUCAAAGACUUUUUAUAUAACCAAGUGAAGUUUGUUAUAAAUGCUGAAACUCAAUUAUUUUUUAAUAUAAUCACUUUUUCUCAUUCAAAAUUCAAAGAAUUCACUAAAUUGCAUAUUGAUAAAAUUAAAAUUACAUAAAAAUUCGAAGAUCCUAUAUCAUUUUUUCUCUAACUGAUUUUUUUAACACCUUAAAAUUUUGAAACUUAAAUCUAAAGUAUAGUAGAAAACUUCAAUUUAUUUGAUAAAAUAUGUGAAAUAAAUGAAUGCAAAACUAAUCUUCAAUUAUAACAGGCUAUUCAAAAAAUGGAAAUUCUUUAAAUAAAUCCAUCUAAUAUUUUAAAAGGUAAAAUUACUAAUAAUUUUAGCCUAGUUUUCUAAAAAUUAAUUCCUACAAGAUUUUAAUCUUAUCAAUAAUAUAUUUUAUGUAGAAGUUUUGAGUGAGUAUGAGAUUCUUUAAAGAAUAUAAACUAACUCUUGUAAUUUUGUUAUGCAAAAUUAAAUUAUAAUCAAUAAUUCCACAUUUUUAUUGCAUCAAGAGUUUUGUAACAAUUCGCAGAGUUACAUUUAUAUUAUUCAAACAAAAAAAAGUAUAACUUAUAAUUAAAUCUAAGUUAGAUUAUGACCUUAAAAAACGGCAAAAUUAUAUUUUCUCAUUUGAAUCAAAAGAAAAUUAUGAAACAGAAUUUCUUAUAAAUCAUUUUACAAUUUUGAUUUAAAAAUCAAAUUGCAAAUCCUUGGAGGAAAUAAAAAAAUUAUUAAAAGUUAAUGGUAUUCUUUUACAGCAAGUACAACCUUCAAUAGAAUCAAAAUAUAAUUAUGUUACAUAUUAAACUUCUACAAAUACAGAUGAAGUGUAAGAAGAUAGAGAUCUAAUCUUGAAACCAAUUUACAAUUUUAUAAUUAAUGAUAAGGCUGAAGAGGAAUCUAACAAAACUCCAACUUUUGAUUAAUAUCUUAAUUAAUAAAAACACCCGAUAUACAAGACAUUAAAUGGAGUUUAUAUCCCUCAAGAUCCUGAAAUCUUUUUAAAAUUAGAUGAUUAAUAAAAUGAAAGAGAUAUAAAUAAUCAUUAAAUUGUAGAAACAUAAAUAAUAAAUAGAGAAUAAAAGAAAGAUUAAUAAUAAAGUCUAUUAUAGAAGGAAGAGGAUAAUUAGUAAGAUAUAGAUUUUAUUGUGUAUGAAGAUCCGGUUAGUUGGACAAACUAAGACAAUUAUGAUGUAGAAGUCUUUGAAUUUGAUGAAAAUUAAUAAGCUCUUUAGAAUCUAACAACAAUAUAGCGCAGCUAAAAUGAUGAUUAAAAGUAAUAAAUAUUAAAGAGCGAUGAUAACUUUAAAGAGCCAUCAAAUUAAAUACUGUAAUUAUAAGAAACUUCAUAAUUAAAUCAAAUUAAUUAAUAAGAUGGUAUGGUUAUUGAGUAAUAAGCAAAAGUUGAAGAAAUUAUUUUGGAUGAUGAUGAAAAUAAUACAUAAGUGAAAAAUUUUGAAAACGAUUAAUUUAAUUAUUAAUAAAAUACUUAAAAUUAAAAUGUUCAAUAAUUUCAAGCAAGAGAAUAAUAAUAAUAUGAGUAUGACUAUUAUUCAAAACUGUAUAGUGAUUAUGAUAGCAAAUAUGAUUUUCAUCCUAGAAGACACUUAAGCCAUCAUCAUAGAAGUCCAAAAAUUAAACAUUUUCAUCAUCAUCAUCAUUAAUUAUCCAGAGAUAAUAAUAUAAAUUCAGAUUUAAGUAGUUAAAGUUAUUCUGGAUAGAAAUUUAAUCUAAGAGGUAAAAGAAGUAAAAGAAGUAAUUCUUAAUAUGAAAAUGAAGAUGAUGAUACAAUCCCAAUCAUUGCUGAUAGAAUUAUAAUAGAAUAUAAUUUUGUGAAUGCAAAAGAAAAGAAGGAUAUCAAACUUAAUAAUGAAGAUGAUGAAGAAAAACCUUAAAAUAAAAAAGGAAAAGAGGAAGUUGUUGAUCAAAAUGAAGAUAUGGAUAAGACUAAGUCAGAAAAAAAGAAAUAAAAAAGCGAUAAUGUAGAAGAAAAAGAAAAAGACGAAGAUUUUGGAGAAGAAAAAGAUUAAAAAUCAAAUAACCCAUAAAGUAAGGUACCAAAUAAAAGUUAAGAAGAUUCUAAAACAAAAGGUUAAGAAUCUAAAAAUAAAGGUUAAGUAAAUUCUAAAACCAAAGAUUAGGAUUCUAAAAGUCAACCUUAAGAAGAUUCUAAAACCAAAGAUUAGGAUUCUAAAAGUAAAGUUUAAAAAGAUUCUAAAACCAAAGAAUAGGAUUCUAAAAGUAAAGUUAAAGAAGAUUCUAAAAGCAAAGCUUCAAAUAAUGUUUAAGCAAAACCUUAAGAAAAUUCAAAAGAAAAAGAAAAGACGAAAGCUAAAGAAAAUACAAAAGAAAAAGAAAAGACAUAAGAAGAAAAGCCGAAAAAUAAAGCUAUACCAAAAACAAAACCUAAGCCUGAUGAAGAAGAUGAUCAAAAAGAUUAAGAUAAAGAUUAAGAUUAAGAUCAGGAUUAAGAUCAAGAUCAGGAUUAAGAUUAAGAUAAUGAUAAAGAUAAAGAUAAAGAUAAAGAUAAAAAUAAAAAUAAAGAUUAAGAUAAAAAUAAGGAUAAAAAUAAAGAUAAAGAUAAUGAUAAAAAUAAAGAUUUAGAUAAGAAUAAAGAUAAAAAUAUAGAUAAGAAUAAAGAUUAAGAUCAGGAUAAAGAUUAAGAUUAAGAUAAAGAUCAGUAAGAUUAAGAUUAAGAUUAAGAUUAAGAUCAAGAUCAGUAAGAUUUAGAUUAAGAUCAAGAGUAAGAUUAGGAUUAAGAUUAAGAUUAAGAUCAAGAACAAGAUUAAGAUUAAGAAUAAAAUGAGGACUAAGAAAAUUAAGAUGAAGGGAAAGAAAAUGAAGAUGAAUAAGGAUAAGAUCAGGAAUAAGAAAAUAAUGAUGAAAAGGGAAAUGAAGAAGGAAAUGGAGAAGAGAUGGAUGAAGAAGAUUAAUGGAGGGGAUUUAGUUCUAAGGAUAAAAAUAAGAAAAAGGGAAAAAGCAAAGGUAAUGGAAGUAAAUAAGAAGAAGAGGAAGAAGAUGAGGAAUUAUAUGAUGGCGAAGGUAGAUAUAUUAAAAAUCAUCCUUAUUAUUAACAUAGAAAGAAUAAAAAAUCUCAUUAUCCAUACAAUUAUCCAGGUAGAUAUCCUGGAGAUGAAUUAUUUGAUGAAGAUCUAUAUAAUAGAUAUAGAUGUAUGAAUAGACAAAACAGAUAUUAAAAUUUUGGAAAUCCAUUUAAUGGUUAUCCUUAUAGACAUCGUUAAGUUGUCAAUUAAAAUCCAUUUUAUAAUGGAAAUCCAUAUAUGAGGCCUAAUCCUUAUUAAAGAUAUACUUCAAGUACUAGUUGUGUUCCUUGGAUGGUCAAAUAAAAUUAUCCUACUUAUCCAGGAUAUGGAUAUGGGAGAUAUUAAAAUUUAUAUAGAGGAAAAUAUUAAGAUCCAGAUUAUCAUCUUAGAGAGAUGUGGUUAAGAUAAUAAUAAUAAUAACAUUCUAAAUAACAAGUAUAGAGAUAUAGAGAUUAAGUUGGUUAUUUUAAUUGUUAUGGAUAUGAUGAUAUAAGACCAAAUUAUUAUGAUACAUUUUAAGGAAUAGUUGAAGAGGAUCCUCGUUAUUUAGUAUACAAUCGAAAUAUUUAUGAUCCAAGUUUUUUUAGUCCUUUUGAUGAAACUGUUCAUUAUGGACAUAAUUAUGUUAAUGAAAAACAUUUCAAUUCUAAAUAGCAAUCUAAACCUUUGAAUCAUAGAAUGAUUUAAAAAAAUGUAAAUUUUGAAAGUUAAGAAAAUAAUAAUUGCUUAUAAGUGUUUGACUAAUGUUAUUAUAAGGGAAGAAGUUUAAAUUUGUGUGGAGAAUAUCCAGUAAUUCCAGAAGGUUUAAAUAGAUUUAAAAUAUUUUCAUAUAUUGUUCCAGAGAAUCUUGAAAUUAGAUUUACACAAUCAGAAUAGAAUGAAGGUAAAGAUAUAUUAGAAUUAUUUAUAGAUAAUUUAGCUGAUAUUUCUGGCUCUGAAGAAUGCUUAAAAAUACCUUAUGAAUUAAUACCACAAUAAUAAUAAUGA